AUGCCUAUUCCAAAUGGUAAAGAUAGUAACUUCUGUGACGAUUUGCUCAUUACAUCUUCGAAGACACUUUUAGCUGUGACAUCAAAGAGUCGACUAACAAGAAAACGUUCUCCCGUUGAGGAAUUAACUUCUACUAGGAAAAGAGACGCCCUAUCUGCGUUCAAAAGGAGGCAAGUAUUUCGAAGAAUCUUGAAGCAUAAAGAAGAAAGAUCUGAAUCAUGCCAAAUAUCGAGAACUAGUUCUUGGAACAUAUCGCUGGAAAUUCGGCGAAGCUGACAGCAAGGGAAUUUUUUCCUUCAGCCUUUUCAACUUGUUCCAAACCUCCAUUAGUUUGAAUGCCUGCGGAAUCGAUUGAAGCUGCUUCAGAUGCAACUUGUUGAAGUCCAUCAGACAGUUGCGAAAUACUUGGAACUGAUGGAGAGGAAAGGAAAGAUUGAAAACCGCAUUGACUGGUUGAUAAGAUUGGAUGGUAAGCAAGGGGUUCAAAUUCACUGCUGCUAA